AAUUGUUUACUGAAAUCAUAUCUGUUUCACUUGUAGUGAACUAUUCUCAUGUGAACAGUGACUGUGAACCCAAUUGUCACUUGAAUUGCCUCACAAUCAGUGCUUCACUGGACACUCACUUCCAUAUAGUAUUCAAUUGAUUCAGUCAUUCAAUCAAUAUAUCCAUUCAUUGGCACAUCUAUUGCUUACCUGUGAAUGAGGUGAUCAUAAUCACAGCCAUCACUCAUUGUGUGUCUCUCGCAGUAAAUCAAAGACAAUAUUAUGGAGAAUCUGCAGAAGAAGCCAUCGAAAGGCAUAUUGAAGUCAUCGUCCAGUUUUGAGCAGCAAAACGAGUGCCAAACACAGCCUAAGCCAGAGCAGACGGCGGACAAAGACAUAAAAUGGGAUGAAAUGAAUAUAUUGCAGACAUUACAUCCGGCCGACAAAGACUACGGACACAUGAAGAUCGAGGAGCCGAAGACGCCAUACAACUACUACAUCGACACCACGGAUGGCGAGGCGGCCGCCGCGCAAGACUUGCAUAGUGUGGAUGCGUCCACUUUGGCGGCCAAUAUUGCCUCCAGAGGUUCAGAGUUGCCGUCCGUUUUGAGGAGGGGUUCGUCUGACGAGGAAAGCGAUUACGAGAGCCUCACAGAGGAGGAGAAGAAGAAGCGGCGCGAGUUUGAGGUGAAGAGGAAAAUGCAUUACAACGAGUUCCAGGCCGUGAAGUUGGCCCGAAAACUGCUCGAACAGGACGAGGAGGAGGACAAUGAGGGCAUCGAUGAAGUUAGAGAAGCAGACGAUGUGGACACCGCUGACACUGAACCGCAGCCACAGGCGACUGAUGCGGAUGACGGUGAAGACCAACGCAAUGGCGAUCACAUGUCUAGUGCAUCGCAUAGCAAAUGAUUGGUUGCCUUUCCGUGCAUUUAUUCAUUCAAUUGUUAAGGGAUU